UCAAAGGUCACAAGCAACCGUAUCCGAAUUCACGGACUGAUCACGGGACGCGUACUCGCCCAUUUGGAGCUGUUCCUUUGUGGUAGAUAGUACUGCGGAUUACAAUGGCGGCUGCUGAAGUUGAGCUUAACAAUGGGGCACGUAUGCCUUCUAUCGCUUUGGGGACUUGGCAAAUUAUGGAGGGAGAGGUCAGUAAGGCUAUCAGGCUUGCUCUGCAGUAUGGGUACAGACACAUUGACGGUGCGCAUUUUUACGGAAAUGAAGAAGAAAUUGGCGAGGCCUUGGCGGAAGUCUUCAGAGAAGGAAAGUUGAAAAGGGAAGAUGUCUUCGUCACGUCAAAACUCUGGAAUAACUGCCAUGCACCUGAAGAUGUGUUGCCAGCUUGCCAGGAGACUCUGAAAAAGCUACAGUUAGACUACCUGGACUUGUACUUGAUACAUAUGCCUUGGGCAUUCAAGAAAGAGGCAUUCAAGAAAGACACAUUUUUUCCCAGAUGCAUUGCAGAUGGUGUGAUUGGAUAUUCAGCAGAAGGCAUAGCAAAUACCUGGAAGGCCAUGGAACAACUUGUUGACAAGGGCCUCUGUAAAGCCAUUGGAAUCUCAAACUUCACCAUCAAGAAGACUCAAGCUCUUCUGGAAACUGCCAGGAUAGUGCCAGCUUGCAAUCAAGUGGAACUUCAUCCUUAUUUGCCACAAGAAGAGCUCAUAACUUUCUCCAAAAGUAAAGGGAUUGUUGUCACAGCUUAUUCUCCGUUAGGAUCUCCUACCAGACCAGAAAGCGUCUUUCCUGACAAGGCAACAGAGCCGAUCGUGUUGGAAAAUCCAGUGCUGAAGGAAAUUGCAGAGAAACAUAACACUAGCGCCGCUUUGGUCGCUCUAGCCUGGGGCAUCAAGCGUGGAACUCCAGUCCUGCCUAAAGCUGUCUCUGAAAAUCACAUCAAAGAGAAUCUUGAAGCACUUCAUGUAAAACUAGACNACAAAUAUUCAGUGGACAAAGGUUGA